AUGGACACACAACAGAGACAACAGAGACUCCAGCAAUCGAUCCCAAAGGCUUUGGGUACAUUGUCAUUUGACCAGAACAACAGACUGGUUGAAUCUACCGGUAUCGGUAAGAACAGAGUAGAGGAUAUCAUUGAUAUCUCUCAGAUGGAACUGGAUGACGAUGGAUAUGGUGUAACCCAAGAUGGUGAAAUCUUGGUCAAUGUGUUCAAGGACGCGGGAAGAAGCGUUAUAAUUUACACAUCGGCAAGUGAUGAUGAUUAG